AUGCAGCCCGCCACGUUCACUGUCAACACCAAAGACGCAGGAGAAGGGGGCUUGUCACUGGCCAUCGAGGGUCCUUCCAAAGCGGAAAUCAGCUGUACCGACAACCAGGACGGGACGUGCAGUGUCUCCUACCUGCCGGUGCUGCCUGGCGACUAUAGCAUCCUGGUCAAGUACAACGACCAACACAUCCCAGGCAGCCCCUUCACUGCCAGGGUCACAGGUGACGACUCCAUGCGGAUGUCCCACCUGAAGGUGGGCUCUGCAGCUGACAUCCCCAUCAACAUCUCGGAGACAGACCUCAGCCUGCUGACAGCCACCGUGGUGCCCCCAUCCGGUCGGGAGGAGCCAUGUCUGCUGAAGCGGCUGCGCAACGGUCACGUGGGGAUCUCGUUCGUGCCUAAGGAGACGGGGGAGCACUUGGUGCAUGUGAAGAAGAAUGGCCAGCACGUGGCCAGCAGCCCCAUCCCAGUGGUGAUCAGCCAGUCGGAGAUUGGGGAUGCCAGCCGUGUGCGCGUGUCUGGCCAGGGCCUUCACGAGGGCCAUACCUUUGAACCUGCGGAGUUUAUCAUUGACACUCGAGAUGCAGGCUACGGUGGACUCAGCCUCUCCAUCGAGGGACCCAGCAAGGUGGAUAUCAACACAGAGGACCUGGAAGAUGGCACGUGUAGAGUCACCUACUGCCCCACAGAGCCCGGCAACUACAUAAUCAACAUCAAGUUUGCUGACCAGCACGUGCCCGGCAGCCCCUUCUCAGUCAAAGUGACAGGCGAGGGCCGGGUGAAAGAGAGUAUCACACGCAGACGACGGGCUCCUUCGGUAGCCAACGUUGGCAGUCACUGCGACCUCAGCCUCAAGAUCCCUGAAAUCAGCAUCCAGGACAUGACAGCCCAGGUGACCAGCCCCUCGGGCAAGAGCCACGAGGCUGAGAUUGUGGAAGGCGAGAACCACACAUACUGCAUCCGCUUUGUGCCUGCCGAGAUGGGCACACACACAGUCAGUGUCAAGUACAAGGGCCAGCACGUGCCUGGGAGCCCCUUCCAGUUCACUGUGGGGCCCCUCGGGGAAGGAGGAGCCCACAAGGUCCGUGCUGGAGGCCCUGGCCUGGAGAGGGCUGAAGCUGGAGUGCCAGCUGAAUUCAGCAUCUGGACCAGGGAGGCUGGUGCUGGGGGCCUGGCCAUUGCUGUGGAGGGCCCAAGCAAGGCUGAGAUCUCCUUCGAGGACCGCAAGGAUGGCUCGUGCGGUGUGGCCUAUGUGGUCCAGGAGCCAGGUGACUACGAGGUGUCAGUGAAGUUCAACGAGGAGCACAUACCCGACAGUCCUUUCGUGGUGCCUGUGGCUUCUCCGUCCGGCGAUGCCCGCCGCCUUACUGUUUCUAGUCUUCAGGAGUCAGGGCUAAAGGUCAACCAGCCAGCCUCUUUUGCAGUCAGCCUGAAUGGGGCCAAGGGGGCGAUUGAUGCCAAGGUGCACAGCCCCUCGGGAGCCCUGGAGGAGUGCUAUGUCACAGAGAUUGACCAAGAUAAGUAUGCUGUGCGCUUCAUCCCACGCGAGAAUGGCAUCUACUUGAUUGAUGUCAAGUUCAACGGCACCCACAUCCCUGGAAGCCCCUUCAAGAUCCGAGUUGGGGAGCCUGGGCACGGAGGGGACCCAGGCAUGGUGUCCGCCUACGGAGCAGGCCUGGAAGGCGGCAUUACAGGGAGCCCAGCUGAAUUUAUCGUGAACACAACCAAUGCGGGAGCCGGCGCCCUUUCGGUGACGAUCGAUGGCCCCUCCAAGGUGAAGAUGGAUUGCCAGGAGUGCCCCGAGGGCUACCGCGUCACUUACACUCCCAUGGCACCCGGCAGCUACCUCAUCUCCAUCAAGUAUGGUGGGCCCUACCACAUUGGGGGCAGCCCCUUUAAGGCCAAAGUCACAGGCCCUCGGCUCGUCAGCAACCACAGCCUCCAUGAGACGUCCUCGGUGUUUGUGGACUCCCUGAGCAAGGCUGCUGCUGCCACCCAGCAUGGCGUGCCAGGCCCGGGUCCUGCCGAUGCCAGCAAAGUGGUGGCCAAGGGCCUGGGGCUGAGCAAGGCCUACGUGGGCCAGAAGAGCAGCUUCACGGUGGAUUGCAGCAAAGCAGGCAACAGCAUGCUGCUGGUGGGGGUUCACGGCCCAAGGACACCCUGUGAAGAGAUCCUGGUGAAGCAUGUGGGCAGCAGGCUCUACAGCGUCUCCUACCUGCUCAAGGACAAAGGGGAGUACACGCUGGUGGUCAAGUGGGGUGACGAGCACAUCCCGGGUAGCCCUUACCGUGUCCUGGUGCCCUGAGCUCGGUGCCGCCAUUCCUGGCCAGCAGCUGCCCUGACGAGAAGUGUCCCCCACGCCUGCUCUCCUCUGCCCUCUGGCCUGGCCUGGCCACCCCAACCCAUCACUGCAGUCGCCCCUGCCCCGUGCUGCGCUCACCUGCCUCUCAUGACUGGCCUCUUGGCUUCACUUGUGCAGAGGGAGCCGGUCGGUGGCGCUGCUUGUCUUCUUUGGUUCUGGGAGGGGAAGAAGUAGGGGUCCUGUCCUUGACCACCCACUAGUUUUCUUCUCCAGCCAAGAGGAAUAAAAUUUUGCUUCCAUUC